CGGACCUCAACAGCGGCUCACCGGGAAAAAUGUUCCCUCCACCGCCCUUCAACGCUGUCGAUGUCUGCAAAAGUCAUGUGAAAGGAUCCGCAACAUAUGAGGACUCGAGUUUUUUGGACCAUUAAACUUGUUUGAGAGGAUUGUAAACUCCAGGAAGUGAUUGAUAAGACACAGGAAUUGAAGUUAAAAUUGGACAGGUGCAGAAAAUGGCGAGCCGGCUGCUGCAGCUCCUUGCCCUGUGGGCCACCGUGGUGGGCCAUGUGCAGAGCUGUCCAGAGCUCUGCAGCUGCCAGGAUAAAUUUGCCCACCAGUUCGCUGACUGUGCUUACAAAGACCUGCUGGUGGUGCCCGUGGGUCUCCCCUCCAACGUUACCACCGUGAGCCUUUCUGCCAACAAGAUCAAAUCCCUGAAAAGUAAAACCUUCACCAAUAUCACACUGGUCACCUCUCUCUGGCUGGCCCACAAUGAGAUAGUUACCAUAGAAACGGACACCUUGGCCCCCCUGGCCCAUCUCCGCAACCUGGACAUCAGCUACAACAAAAUUGUGAGCUUUCCCUGGGAGGAUCUGGUCAACCUCACCGCCCUGCAGCUUCUGAAGAUGAACAACAACGAGAUGGUGAACCUGCCAAAGGACGCCUUUUCCACUCUCAAAGAGCUGCGGUCGCUGCGCAUCAACAACAACAAGUUUAUCACCAUUGUGCAGGGUACCUUCACUGUUCUCGUCUCCAUGUCUCACCUACAGAUUUUUAACAACCCCUUCACAUGCUCCUGCAGCCUGGAGUGGCUGAGGGAUUGGAUCGCGACAACUAAGAUUUCUGUCCCCGACCAAACAUUAAUCGUAUGUGACACCCCUGAACACCUGAAGGGUACAAUGGUUACAUCCAUCCCCAAACUGGUCUGCAAGGCCCCGACUGUCAAAAUAUCAUCCGAGCCCAACAUCGAGAGCACAGAGCUCUACGAGGGAUUCAUGGUCAUUUUAAAUUGUGAGACAACAGGGAGCCCCACGCCACAAGUCAGCUGGGAGAUGACCGCAGGAAAUCAGAAUUUUCUGUUCCCCUUGCCCUCCACUGGAGAGAUUAAUGAUGUGCCAAUUAAUGAUAAAACAACCAACAAUCGAUUCCUCGUCUUUAGAAACGGCACUCUCAUCGUACCUCGGAUGAGUAAAAAGGAAGAUGGAAAUUACAGCUGCUCUGCGGUGAAUGAUUUAGGUAAGGCGGAGAGCACCAUUAAAGUGUCUCUGGCAGUCACCCAAAAGCACGGCAGCGACUCGAAGCUCGAUUCUACGCUGGACAAGAUCCGCCCAUCCGCUAAGAAUACUGGAGAGACCAAGAUCUCCAAAAUCAACUGGACCAAGCCUGACGACAAGACGAAGGGCAGCUCUGAAGGUUCGGACAAAAAUGUCGGCACAGGGCAGGCCGGAGGCGCUUCGAAGGUCCCCACCUUUGCGAGCAAGUGCGGCGUGAGAGAAAGCAGUGAAUACAUCUCCAACCACGCCUUCAACCUGAGCUUGGAUGACCUGAAGCAGUACACGUUUGAUUUCGGUGUGAUUGCGUUAGAAGUGUCAGAGACGGAGGCCAAAGUGCAGCUGAACCCGCUGCAGCUUUCCAGCAGAAAAUCUAACCUCCACAUGAGUCACACGGACAACCAGGAAACCGUGAAUAAAGAGGCCUUGGGUCUGUACCAGUCGUCCAGUAAAAGCACCUUGGAAAUGCUCUACCUCUGUGUAAAUACAGGGAAUGGACACUCCAUGGUACAGUGGUCCAAUAUAGAGGAGGGGGUUAACGCCUACCGCUUCCAUGGUUUACAGCCGGGCACCAAUUACACACUUUGUCUCACCUAUGGGGGGCAGGACUGCCAAGUCCAAGUGGUCUUCACCACCCGGAAGAAGAUCCCCUCCCUGCUGAUUAUCGUGGUCGUUAGCAUUUUCCUACUGGGUCUGGCCACUGUUCCCUUACUGGGCGCCACCUGCUGCCAUUUGUUAUACAAGUACCAAGGUAAGACCUACAGGCUGAUCAUGAAGGCUCAGAAUCCGGAUCAGAUGGAGAAACAGAUGGCAGGAGAUUUCGAUCCCAGGGCGUCUUUUGUGGAGUCCGAGAAAACCUUCGAGCCCAGCGAGUUAGGCGAGGGGGAGGGAGAGGCCGAUGGGGAGGAUGGAGACGGGGAGGCUGAGGGCAGCGUGGUGACUGACUCCAUCCCCGAAUCCUCAUCCAAAACCAACCAGGAGGAGUUUGAAGUGGGCUCGGAGUACAGUGACAGGUUACCGCUGGGAGCGGAGGCAGUCAACAUCUCGGAGGAGAUCAACGGCAACUACAAGCAGCCAAGCCGCUGAGCUCGACGUCUGCGAGUACUGUCAGAUAUCUUACUUUCAUCAACCUUCAUUCAAGCCGGUAGCUCACCCACUAUCACUCCGCGUGAACAACGACGGCUUCUCAUACAAAAAAAGGUGGAUAUUUACAGCUUUUUUUUUAAACCUCAGAAAGUAGUCCGUCCAUCACUUGAGAUUGUGAAUUAAUUCAUGUGACAUUUGUUGUCUACUGUAAGGUUAAAUUAAGCAACAAAAGUUUACAACGCAAGCACAGAUUUCUACAGUUUGUAUAAGACCUCAAAACUGACAGGAAAGCAGCACCGUGUUCCCUUUCUGCUGGGCAGACGCGGAGUGUGCGCACAUUGCGCCAACGGACACGACACUGAAGGCAACUUCUUUUUAUUCACCGUUUUAGAGAGCAUUAAAAAAAACAAGUGCCAUCUUUAAAAAAAAGCGAUUUAAAAUAUCGUGACGACAGGGACCAAUGUUGCGCUAAGUGGAAGAGAAAAGCAAUCACUCAAAUUGCCUUCAGGUGCGGGCUCCGCGGCUCCACUCGACGGUGAUAUUUAGAAGAGAUAUUCGGUGUCGGUGCUGACCUGCCCGCUGUCCUGUGAGACCCAAAAAAAGGAAUUUAAACAUUCAACUGUGUUGUGCUUGACGGGAAAUCCCAGGUAUUUUACUCACAAAAUGUUGUUUGACGUAAUGUAAGGCUUUAAAAAUGUGAGACUUUGACCUUAAUUAACGGGUGCUUGCUUUCUCUCGCUUUUUACAUGAACGUGUCCAUGGCAUGUCACGUAGCCGUGUGUGCUUUUUAUUAGUGUAUUCUAGAGGACUGUAGAUGUUACUGUCAACCUGUGAUGUAAAGCCAUGUCAAUUGAAAUUUUUUUUUUUUUUACGACGGUCAUUUUCUAUGAAGCCUGAACAAAAGGGCGCACUGUGUGUCUGGCGGCUUCACGGUCUUGUGAUUGGAGUUUUUUGUGAACUGUUGUAGAACCAAACGAAAAACAACCAGUGACCUUUUAAGAUUUUUUUACAUCAUUUUAUGUAAGUGUAAUUAUUAAAACUAUACCGAAUACCUUC